UUUGCUAAACAACAGUUUACAGGCGUGGCUAUUUUAUUUUUUUCUACUAUAAAAUCAAUUUUCUAAUUAGAAAUAUUACUCCUAAAUGAAAGAAGAACAAUAUUAGUUAUAUCUCCCUUCAUGUUUUACAAGUGCAUCUUAAGGUUGAUGCUGUUUACACUAUCUACUAAUCUCGAUUCUGUAGGGGUUUAACUUUAGAAAUAUAAACGAAAUUUGCUGUUUAAUUCAAAAUGUAUGGAAGAAAGACGCCGUCUACUUACCGUUCCACACCGUCUGUAUACUCACAUUACACCGGGAAGUCAACAUCAAAUCUUCGUUCAACAAAAUCUGUGAGAUCUCUCCGAGUGCCAUGGUACCAGAAGCCUAUACUGCAUGAUGCAUUUUUUUUAGACCUACAGAGGGGCUCGCUGCUCACAGGAUUUAUUUCUCUUUUCAUAUCUCUGUUCACAUUUGCACAGAGCAUUUUUGACCUGUACUGCUUGGGGAUGGCAUCACCUGGCUCCGUACACUAUGGCUACUAUGUUCUUAGUUUCCAAUUUGUCUAUGUUGGUAGUGCACCAGUCCGUAAUGUUCUCAUCGUGUUUGCAUUAUUUUCUUGGAUUGGUUCUGUCGCGGUACUCAUAACUAGCAUUAUCCUCAUUAAUGCUCUAAGAAAGGAACACGAAAAACGGAUAGUGCCGUGGCUGUAUACAUUUGGCGUAUUCAUAUUGUUUAGGACUGUGGCAUUUAUAUUCGCUUCUAUAGUGAAUGACAUGAUUUUUGCCUACAAUAUCCUGAUGUGCCUGUGUUGGAUUGUCUUCUGCGUGUGUGGUGUCUAUGGAUGGGUGCUCGUGUACAGUCUAUAUUUGGAGUUGGCGGACUUGACUAAACUGGAGGAUUUGGCUCAUUUAAGGAUGGGCACAAUGGCCUCACUCAAUGCUUCCCUGGCUGGCUCGCGCCCUACCACCCCCCACAGCACAGUGUCCACAAUGCCAGCGUCACAAAUAUGAUAUGAGAAAAAGAAAGAAGAUACAUCCCUAACUGUACAGCCUGAGAACACUCGAGAACUAGACAGCGCGGACGAAGCUACCCCAUUGUCUAUAGAAGGUUCUCUGGAAACGCCUGUGUAGUGAUCAAUUAAUAUAGAUUAGUUAUAGAGGGCGCUUCACGUAAGGCUGGUAAUGUCGAGUUAUCUGUCAAAUUAUAAAAAAACAUUUUGGGAAAAUUAUUUACAAUGUCUCAUAAAGGCAGUGCGCUAAAAUGUUAAUAACGUAAAUGAUCCUUAUUGGACUGUUUGACUUUCUAUAUGCUAUAAUUACGAGUAGAUCUGGUUUCUGUUAUCAUACUUUGUUUUUACUUUAUAUUGAAUAAUUUGACAAUAAGUCUAGAUAUUGCCAUUAUUACAGUAAGCAGCCUCUUUUUUAAAUUAUAUAUUU